AAAACAAAAAAAAAAAAAGAAAAAAUGUGGAACAUUAGUUGCCACGCCUUUGAAAGUUGGAGCAUCGUGCACCGCACGUGCAUAAGCUAGCAGAUAAUGAAGAAGAAGAGCCCCGCACCUGCAACUCCAAAAACGCAAACGCAAACACAAGCACAAACGAAUCAAUCCGUAUUCAUCACAUAGAUUUUCCAUGACAAACCCUAAAUUUCUUUCCAUGGAAAUUAACUUAUUUGAUUGAUUUUCAUUCACAAUUUAAUUUGUUGGUUUUGGGAAGAUUUUCAAAUUGCAGUAGAAGAAGAAUUUCGAUUGUAGUAAAAUCUCAAAUGAAGUAUGUAAAGGCAGUAAGAGCUAUAUUGUUUGAUUUAGAAGGUUUUAUCAUUUCUGCUUCAUCAAAUGGAAGACAAUGAUCACGCUUCCACUACGUCUUACAAGGAUUAUUACAAAAUUCUAGGAGUUGAUUAUGAUGCAACGGAAGAGGAUAUACGAUUAAGUUAUCGAAAACUUGCUCUGAAAUGGCAUCCUGAUAAACACAAGGGUGAGAAUGCUGUUACUUCCAAAUUUCAAGAAAUAAAUGAAGCUUAUAGAGUAUUGAGUGAUCCUGCAACACGGCUUGAAUAUGAUCUAAGCGGAAAUUAUGAGAUAGAUAAGUACACUUUGCGGGAGUAUCUUGCUAGGUUUAAAGGAAUGAUACUCACCUGCAAUGGUCUUGGCAUGAAUCAAACCUCUCUUUGGACACAACAACUCAAGGAAGCAAGUGAUUGUGAAGACGAGUAAGCUUUGGUUGUAAUGCUUGCUGAUGUAAAUGCUUUUUGGAGAAGAGGAGGGCGAGGAAUCCAUUUUUCAUAGACGUGCCAACAAUUUAUUGCUAUUAGUUAUGGCCAAGUGCUUAGCCAUUUUUUUAAAUAAAGGUACUCUCGUGGGUAACACCCGAUUUUCUCA